GACCCAGCUCAGGCGCACCAGGAAGUGCCGGCCCUUUAGCCGCGAUGCAUUGUGGGGAAAUCCACUCAGAUCCAAGAUGGCGGCCAGCAGGAGGCUGAUGAAGGAGCUUGAAGAGAUCCGCAGAUCUGGGUUGAGAAGUUUCCGUAACAUACAGGUGGAUGAAGCCAAUUUAUUGACCUGGCAGGGACUCAUCGUUCCAGACAAUCCUCCAUAUGACAAAGGUGCUUUCCGGAUUGAAAUUAAUUUCCCAGCAGAGUACCCGUUCAAGCCACCUAAGAUUACAUUCAAAACAAAGAUAUACCAUCCAAACAUUGAUGAGAAGGGCCAGGUAUGCCUGCCAGUGAUCAGCGCUGAAAACUGGAAACCAGCAACCAAAACUGACCAAGUCAUCCAGUCUCUAAUUGCCCUGGUCAACGACCCUCAACCAGAGCACCCACUGCGUGCAGAUCUAGCCGAAGAAUACUCAAAGGACCGUAAAAAAUUCUGUAAGAAUGCCGAAGAGUUUACAAAGAAAUAUGGAGAAAAGCGACCAGUGGACUAGAUAUCUGGGGCCAAGUGCCAGUGGGAAAAAAACACACACAAAAAAACACAAACCAACAUGAUUUCAAAAAGCGCAACUGAAGAAUUGGAGUCAGUGAGUUCAGAAUUCCCUCCAUCUCCCCAACAUGAAAAGAAACACGAGGCAGGACUUCGAGGGAACGUGGAACAGUGUCAGAGUCAACCUCGCAGCUUCUGCUAUGCUCUCAGUCAAACUGUUAACUAGAUAAACUUGUAAAGAGGAAGAUUAAAAAAAAAAAAAAUGUAUGAAAUUGGGAGUAUGGUUCUGCUCUCUGUGUUUAAAAACAACCCCCACCAAAUUAGUUUACUACUUUGCCAUACUAAAACUACCGAAAAAAUGUUCUACAUUUCUGUUUUUCUUAUUGAACAUUUUCCAUGCAAAAAAAAAAAAAACAACUUAAUGAUCUUCUUUAGGGUUUCUCGGUAGGUUUGCUAAAAAAUAUAUCUAUCUAUAUAAAUAUAUAAUUUUUGUCAUUUUUCAUCACCUACUAUAUUUUGGACACUCCUUGACAAGGUCCUAUAUGAUUUUAGUCUAUCAGUAUGCCUCCCACAGUAACCUCUUUUGUACCAGGGAUGGGUCACAGACCUGACAUUAAAGGGUUUACUCAGCUGUCCCAUACAGACCGCUUCACGGGGAGGGUAUAGUUUGAACGUUUGGCUCUUAGGUUUCCUUUCUAUCAAUGUUGCACUGUGCUUUGUGGGACUCGGUAAGUUCUCCUUCAGUUUGUAACAUAAAAUAAUAAAAAUAAAAAACUGAAAAAAAAAAACAAAAAAAAUCUCAAAUUGCUGGAAUGAGCCCAUUUUUAAGUAUCACAGAUAAUGUUUUAUGCAAGAGUAUAUCAGCUUGACUGCUUGAGACUGAAUCUUUCUGGUGUUUUCUUCUAAUUUGUCAAUAUUUGUGCACUGUAAAGGAAAAGUUCAAACAAUAUAAUUUGGUAAUGCCUAUUGUUAUUCGUAGAAUUGGUGGUUUCCUUUAAGGACUAUUCCACACCCAUAAAGCACUUCAUGAGUGAGAAAAAUUCUAUUUGAAGGGCACUUCUCAUAAAAAUCUGCACUUUAAACAUACCCUGUGCCCCCCAGCUGUCAGUCAAACAACCAUGGAGGUUUACUUCUGUUGGCUUCAUCUACUGCCUCUACCUGCGUUCUUACUCCGAGACAUCAGAUCAGUAGUCUUUCAAAACCCUGUGCAGUGCGCCUGCAACCAGACACGUGCAGUGGGGGAUCGCUUCAGAGGUUUCUCAUUGAGAAGCCUCUGGCUAUUUCAUGUGAAGAGGCUGAAAAGGUGUAGACUUGCAAAGGCUGCAAUUCAUAAGGACUACAGCUUGUGCAAGCUCUUUUAAGAUCUAACCCAAUGAAUACAUGCAUUUAUUAAUUUGAGUAUAUCUACUAAACAGGGAUUUUAU